AUGGUCAUGAGUGGGGUUUCUUGUGAUGUUAUCAAGGUUUUUCCCGAACUGAGGGGAAUGCUUUGGCUGGGGAGUAAAUCAAUUCACCCCAUGUCAAAACAGAAAUAUAGGUGGAGGUUGGAGAAGCUUGAAAUGAAGAAGGUUAUGAUUCUUGGUGUAUACAAGGUGUUUUUG